GGGCUGGGCGACUGCCGACACGCCCGGGCAGGGCGCUCGCGUCCUUCCACCUUACAGACGCCGAUUGACAGUCCACUCAGAAAGAGAAGUGACAGCCCGGACCUCUCUCCGCUUCCCGUCGUCGGGAGUCCGCGUGGACCAUGUUUUCCAUCCUGGGGAGAUGGGGCGCGAGCGGCUUCUACCAGCGGGUCACCGAGGCGCAGAGAUGCAGUCCAGAGAAAAGUGCUUCAUUCUUCAGUAAGAUGACCUAUUCCUGGUUUAGUAGAAUAAUUAUUUUAGGCUAUAAGAAACCUUUGGAAAGAGAGGAUCUUUUUGAACUUAAUGAAGGCGAUUCCUCCUAUAUUGUGUGUCCCGUCUUUGAGAAACAGUGGAGGAAGGAAGUUUUAAGGACUCAAGAGAGGCAAAAAGUAAAGUCAUCUUUUCAUAAAGAGGCACACACCAGGAAGCCAUCUCUACUCCGGGCAUUGUGGAACACUUUUAAGCUUGCCCUGAUUCAGGUUGCAUUAUUCAAAGUAUUGGCUGAUGUUUUGUCCUUCACUAGCCCACUCAUAAUGAAGCAAAUGAUCCUUUUCUGUGAACAACGCCCAGAUUUUGGCUGGAGUGGUUAUGGCUAUGCUUUGGCGCUUUUUGUUGUAGUCUUUUUGCAAACCCUGAUCCUUCAGCAAUACCAGCGUUUUAAAAUGCUCACUUCAGCAAAAAUUAAGACAGCUGUAAUUGGACUGAUCUACAAAAAGGCCCUGCUUCUAUCUAAUGUUUCUAGAAAACAGUUUUCUAACGGGGAAAUUAUUAACUUGAUGGCAACAGAUACCCAGCAGCUCAUGGACUUGAUGACAAACAUCAAUCUUCUUUGGUCAGCUCCUUUUCAAAUCCUGAUGGCCGUAUCACUCCUUUGGCAAGAGCUGGGUCCAGCCGUGUUAGCAGGGGUGGCAGUCCUUGUGUUUGUUAUACCAAUGAAUGCUUUAGUUGCAAAUAGAAUGAAAAAGCUGAAGAAAAAUCAAAGGAAGAACAAAGACAAACAGAUAAAACUGCUCAAUGAAAUCUUACAUGGAAUUAAGAUUCUCAAACUUUAUGCAUGGGAACCCUCCUAUAAAAAGAAGAUUAUUGAAAUUCGAGAACAGGAAUUGGAAGUUCAAAAAUCAGCUGGGUAUCUUGCUGUAUUUUCCAUGCUAACUUUAACUUGUAUUCCAUUCUUGGUGUCCCUGGCAACAUUUGGUGUCUAUUUCUUACUGGAUGAAGAAAACAUUUUAACAGCCACUAAAGUGUUCACGUCUAUGUCUUUGUUUAAUAUCUUGAGGCUUCCUCUGUUUGAUUUACCGAUGGUGAUCUCAGCUGUGGUCCAGACAAGAAUAUCACUGGUUCAUUUGGAAGACUUUCUCAACACUGAGGAACUUCUUCCACAUAGUAUUGAAGCAAACUACAUAGGAGAUCAUGCCAUUGGUUUUACAAAUGCUUCCUUUUCCUGGGAUAAAACAGGGAUUCCAGUAUUAAAAGACUUGAACAUAAAGAUUCCAGAAGGAGCUUUAGUGGCUGUUGUAGGGCAAGUUGGGUCUGGAAAAUCAUCUGUGCUUUCUGCAAUUCUGGGGGAAAUGGAGAAACUAAAAGGAAUAGUCCAAAGAAAGGGCUCCGUGGCUUAUGUUUCCCAGCAGGCCUGGAUUCAGAAUUGCAUUUUGCAAGAAAACAUUCUCUUUGGCUCUGUCAUGCAGAAGCAGCUUUAUGAGAGAGUUUUGGAAGCCUGUGCUCUCCUUCCCGAUUUGGAGCAGUUACCAAAUGGAGAUCAAACUGAGAUUGGAGAAAAAGGUGUGAAUAUAAGUGGCGGACAGAAGCAUCGAGUGUGUCUGGCCAGAGCUGUCUACAGUGGGGCUGACAUCUACCUCCUAGAUGAUCCCUUGUCUGCCGUUGAUGUUCAUGUUGCAAAGCAACUUUUUGAAAAAGUGAUUGGGUCCUCUGGCAUGUUAAGGAACAAGACUCGAAUUUUAGUGACACACAACCUCACACUUCUACCACAGAUGGAUCUCAUUGUUGUAAUGGAAAGUGGCAGAGUAGCACAAAUGGGAACAUACCAGGAAAUUCUGUCUAAAACCAAAAAUCUCACGAAUUUGCUUCAGGCCUUCAGUGAACAAGAAAAAGCUCAUGCUUUAAAGCAAGUCAGUGUAAUCAACUCCAGAACUGUACUGAAAGACCAAAUCCUGGUGCAAAAUGAUAGGCCCUUAUUGGAUCAAAGGAAACAGUUCUCAGUGAGAAAAGAAAAGAUUCCUGUUGGUGGGGUGAAGUUUUCAGUCAUUCUGAAGUACCUUCACGCCUUCGGCUGGCUCUGGGUGUGGCUGAAUGUGGCCACGUGCCUGGGGCAGAAUUUGGUGGGAACUGGACAGAAUCUCUGGCUUAGUACCUGGGUGAAAGAAGCAAAGCACAUGAAUGAUUUCACAGAAUGGAAGCAAAUAAGAAGCAAUAAAUUAAGCAUCUAUGGAUUAUUGGGAUUAAUGCAAGGUCUUUUUGUGUGCUCUGGAGCUUAUGUAGUCACCAGGGGAUCCUUGGCUGCCUCUCGAGUUUUGCAUGCUCAGCUGUUGGACAAUGUUCUGCAUCUCCCGCUCCAGUUUUUUGAAACCAAUCCCAUAGGCCAGGUCAUCAAUAGGUUCACCAAGGACAUGUUUAUAAUUGAUAUGCGUUUCCAUUACUACAUACGGACCUGGGUGAAUUGUACACUGGAUGUUAUUGGAACAGUUUUGGUCAUUGUGGGAGCUUUACCACUCUUCAUUCUGGGGGUUAUUCCCUUGGUUUUCCUCUAUUUCACUAUACAGAGAUACUACAUGGCGAGCUCUCGGCAGAUUCGACGAUUGGCAGGAGCAUCUCACUCUCCAGUCAUUUCCCAUUUUUGUGAGACUCUGCUGGGAGUGUCCACUAUCAGGGCAUUUGGACAUGAACAGAGGUUCAUCCAGCAAAACAAAGAGGUGGUGAAUGAGAACUUGGUCUGUUUCUACAACAACGUGAUUUCAAACAGGUGGCUGUCUGUUAGACUUGAAUUUCUUGGCAACUUAAUGGUGUUCUUCACUGCAGUGCUUACUGUGCUGGCUGGCAAUUCUAUAGAUUCAGCAAUAGUUGGUUUGUCUAUAUCCUAUGCCCUAAAUAUUACUCAAACCCUGAAUUUUUGGGUAAGGAAAGCAUGUGAAAUUGAAGCCAAUGCAGUUUCCAUUGAAAGAGUUUGUGAAUAUGAAACUAUGGAUAAAGAGGCACCCUGGAUAACGUCUAAGAGGCCUCCAUCACAAUGGCCCAACAAAGGGAUAGUGGAGUUUGUUGAUUAUCGAGCUCGAUACCGAGAUGAUCUUGGUUUAGCAUUACAAGAUAUCACUUUCCAGACUCAUGAGGAAGAGAAGAUUGGAAUUGUGGGACGAACUGGAGCAGGCAAAUCAACACUAUCAAACUGCCUCUUUCGAAUUGUAGAAAGAUCAGGAGGUAAAAUUAUAAUUGAUGGAAUUGACAUAUCUACUAUUGGGCUUCAUGACCUUCGUGGCAAACUCAAUAUUAUUCCACAGGAUCCUGUUUUAUUUUCUGGAACCCUUCAAAUGAACCUGGAUCCCCUAGACAAGUAUCCUGAUCAUGAGCUAUGGGAGGUGCUGGAACUAUGUCACUUGAAAGAGUUUGUGCAGUCCCUUCCCAAGAAGCUACUGCAUGAGAUUUCAGAGGGUGGUGAAAACCUCAGUGUUGGACAACGACAGCUAGUCUGUCUUGCUCGUGCUUUGCUGAGAAAAACAAAAAUUCUCAUCUUGGAUGAAGCAACAGCCUCCAUCGAUUUUGAGACUGAUAACUUGGUGCAGACCACAGUCAGGAAGGAGUUUUCUGAUUGCACCAUCCUGACAAUUGCUCACAGACUGCAUUCUAUCAUUGAUUCAGACAGGGUACUUGUUCUAGACUCUGGAAGAAUUACAGAAUUUGAAACACCACAGAAUUUGAUACACAAGAGAGGACUUUUCUUUGACAUGCUAACAGAAGCUGGAAUAACACGAGACUUGGGGGCGAAAAAUAAAUAGUUAUAUAUGGAUUAUACCAAAUAAAAAAAUAGUAUUUGAAAAAAAUAAAGACUGGAGAGAAAUGUCGAAAAGUAGGCCUAUGUUGGCACAAAUAGAGAUAAGCACCAUAGUUCUAACCAUUCUGAGCUGUGCCCAACCUUCUUUCUUCCAGUCAUGCCCUCCUGAAUAUCUGCCUUUUAUUGAUUCCCCAAAGUGCAAAAUGCCACUUAUCCUUUAAGUCUCAGACUUUGUUCAGGAGUUAUCUUCUGCUCAAAGUAUCUCUUGGUUUCUCUCCUUGGUCCCCUGUCUUAUCUAGAUGCCCUUUUGAUAUGUUCUGACUAGCCUUAUUGGCAUACCUUUAUCAUGGCAGGGACCAAAAUCUGUUUAAAUUCUUUUUAGUGUGCCUCCCCUUAAAGCUACUUGAAGGCAAGUGCCUAGUUUUAUCAUCUUUGUAUGUUAGGUUGCUAGCAUAGUGCUUUCAGAUUGUUGAUACUCAACAAAAAUUUGUAGAAUAAAUCAUUAGGCGUUUUAGAGUAAUACUGUAUAGGCACCUAUAUACAUAUGAACAAAGUUUUGAGUUACUGUACAGUAUAUAAAUUUUUGGAGGAAUCACAGAAAAAACUUUGAGUUAUUCAGCUGCUUUUUUGAAAGAGAAAGCCUAUGUUAACUGAAUUUUAUGAUGUGCUUUAUUUAAAAAUAAUAUUUUAUAAUAUUUUUACUAUUUGAGUAAACAGCCAGUAUUUUCUAUGGAAUGUCAUUUUUGACUUGAAAAGCUCAGUGAGUUAUAUAUCAGAUGGUAUACAUUCACAAGUAAUUAUUAAUUUGUGGUACUAAUUAUAUUUUGAAUGGCUUUUUCAUUUGGUAGUUUUAAGCAACAUUAUUUCUCUGAAUUGCCCUUCAAAUUUGAAGUUUCCAAACUUCAAUUAUAUUUUCCUUUCAAGAUUAUUUUAAUAGAAUGUUUUAACCUGUUCAGACCCAUCAGUCAUUUCUUUUAUCCUCUUUUUCUCCUUAACAACUUUGCAUAACCUUGCUUCAUCCCCUAAAGGUAUUUAUGAAAAGUUAACUUAAAUUGUAAAACCCUACAUUAUCUAAAGUUUCCUUGCUUAAAACAUUAGCUACUGAAAGUAUUGUCCUGUCUUUAUAAUUCCUGUAGUACUUACCACUAUGUUUUGUGUUCAGUAGGCAUUGAAUAAAUAUUUGUUGAAAUCUCUUAAGAAAGGA